AUGGACCCCAAUGGUUUAGCAAUUGCCGGAAUUGUCAGGAGAUUUAAUUCUCGGAAAGGAUUUCUGGCUAAACUUCAAGGUUGGAUUGUCUUGCAAGAUUUAUACACUAAAUGUAUAGAGUUAUUCGCAAUUCGUCAUAGGACCAGCAAGUUCGUAGUUAAAGCGCUCGAUGAGGUUUUCGACCAUUGGGGAACACCGAGGUACAUUGUCACGGAUAACGGUACAGAAUACAUAAAUAAAGAUUUCAGAGCCCUGUUGCUAGCGAGAGGCGUUAAGCAUAUCACUACUUCAUUAAGUCAUCCCCAAAGCAAUCAGGUCAAGCGCGCUAUAAAGUUCCCUGAAAAUAUCGACAACCCAGCCGCCAAAGACUCAAUCGACGAGUGGAUCGCGCGUAUGAAGAAAAUUGACGAAUUCCUUUAUAAAAUCGCAAUUCAAAUAAAGAAAAGCUCAAAAAAGCGUUGA